AUGUCCUCAAUGCUUCCUCCUUCAUCAGCCAGUCCUUCCUACUACAGUAGAGAACAAGUAUCAGCUCACUCUUCGGAAAAUGAUUGUUGGAUGAUUUGUCAUGGACUUGUCUAUGAUGUUACGACCUAUUUGAAUGAGCAUCCCGGAGGUGUCAAUCUCAUGAUGAAGAAUGCCGGAAAAGAUUGCACUUCGGAUUUUGAAGCCAUGUUUCAUAGCCCAAAAGCGAGAAACAUUCUGAAAAAAUAUUUAAUUGGAGAAUUAUUACCGGAAAAGAAUCAAUUGUUGGGAUCCAUGCAACGAAGAAGUCAUUUGACCAACAAUAAUAAUCAAAUCAAAAAUUCUUUGUUGUCACCAUUUUAUUCGCCGUCGACAUCCUCUUCAUCAAAACCUGUCGAAGUGAAUCCAUAUAACAAACAACCUCGAGUUCAAACAUUUAAAGAACCUCAAUUAGCUCAGAAUAUUACAAGUAGCUCUACCCCAAAAUCUGUCAUGUCAAAAUCCAUGUUUAUGGAUUACAAGGUAAUGCUUGUUCAAAAUAUCACAAGCGAUACAAAAGUAUUUACCAUGAAAUUACCGUCUCUUUCGGAAUUUCUUCCACUCAAACCAGGGCAGCAUAUACAAGUUGCUUUCUCAGAUAAGGACAGCGAAAAUAAUUUACUAGUACGAAAGUAUACUCCAACCAGUGUAGAAAAUCGAGGAUUUUUUGAAUUGACCAUUAAACUCUAUAACCAUGGAAAAAUGUCACAAAAAUUAAGCAAAAUUAAGAUAGGUGACACCAUUUCAGCGAGAGGUCCUUUUGGGUUGGACGACCUCUCUGAACGAAUUUUGAAUUGCUACCAAAUUUUUAUGAUAUGUAUAGGAAGUGGUAUUACGCCCAUGUAUCAAAUUAUUAAACAUGUGGCCAAAGAGAUUGAGGAAAAAACUCCAAUGAAAUUGCGGCAUAUGACUCUUCUAUAUGGAAACAAAACAAUGCAAGACAUCAUUCUUGAACAAAAUCUAACGACCGUUUCUAAAGAAGUAACAACACAAGAGUUCACUUUUGAGAUAUUCCACAAAGUUAGUCGAGAACCCCAAGACUAUUUAAACACCUUUUCUACAGAGAAUGUACACUAUGAGGCUGGAAGAAUGGAUGAAGAUUACCUGAACAAACAUACAAACGACAGUCAAGCCGAUCAUAAUUCGUGCUUGUUUUUUAUAUGCGGCACGGAUGAAUUUGUCCAACAAACCAAACAUCUCCUUUCCAAGAAUGGUCAUCCACAACAAAAUAUAAUUGCCUUCUAA